AUGAGUCAAAGAAUAAGCUUUGAGAGCUCCCAAGAAAUAGGCACCUACGUGCGGAUGACCAACAUGUAUGCUCUAGUCGCUGCCACAGACAGCACUAACUUUGUGUCUGCUUUUGAAGAAGUGCUGGAUAUCCCAGUGAUACAGACCACAAUAAACGGCAUUAAAAUGGCUGGCACACAGACUGUUGGAAAUUCAAAAGGACUUCUCGUUUCUUCCACCACAACAGACCAGGAGCUGCAGCACCUCAGAAACUCGCUGCCAGAGAAGAUCAGAGUCAGAAGAAUCGAGGAAAGACUAAACGCCCUUGGAAAUGUAAUAGUGUGCAAUGACAACUCUGCUCUUGUCCACCCAGAUGUCUCUUCUGAGACUGUGGAGUUCAUCACUGAUGUUCUUGGCGUGGAUGUGUUCAAGUACGCGCUAGCUGAGAACGGCCUUGUUGGCUCGUAUGCCGCCAUGAACAACACUGCAAUGAUGGUGAGCUCAAAAACCUCGGCAGAAGAAGUAGCUGAGCUGUCUGAGCUGCUGAACAUAAGGAUAGUGCCAGGAACAGUCAACAAAGGAUCGGAUGUAAUAGGCUCAGGGCUGGUGAUCAACGAUUUUGCCUGUUUUGUGGGAGCAAAGACAACAAGCACCGAAAUAGUUGUCAUAGAUAGCUUGUUCAAGACAACGCCAACUGCGCAAUUAGGAGAUGACGAGAAGAGAGCAUGGAUUGAUGCCCUCCAGAUAUAA